AUGCUGUCGCACCUAUUCCAUCGGCGGGCGCCGUCAAACCCGACCUCGCCCAUCCCCGAGCACGCCCCCGGGUGGGAUGCUGUCGCGCAACGCGAGCACCCGCAGCAACCCCCUCGCGAUGUCUCACCACGCCCCGAUACACGCCCACGUUCCCCAAAUUCCUCGAAGCUUCCGCCAACUUUACCCCCCAUCACCCGCGUGGCGUCGAGCGGCUCCGAUCAUUUCUUUACCCCACAGAACGAUGCCCCACCACCGUCCCAAGACACCCGCCAGGUCCCGGCCCGUGCUGGUUACAGCGAGGAAAAUAAGGCCGGCUUCAUCGGCGGGGUUGCCCUGCAAAACUAUCGAAAAGCCGCCCGAGAACCACAGCAAUCGCAGGCAUUACAAGGCCCCGGCGAUGGGAUGACCAUGGCUGGCCAAGUCCCAGGCAACCAGCUCUCGCGGUCCAAACCCCCGCCUCCCCCAAUUAAUACCGGCGUCGCUGCUCUCCCGGCAGCCCAAGGCAACAAGCACACCAAGUCUUCGUGGUUCUCGACACCGACCGACCUUCAAGGGUCGGGGGGAGGCGGGAAACGGCCGGCUGGGACACGGCUCAUAAGCGAACCCGCAUUCGUUCCCGCUUCAGAGCCGCAGAAGGGGAGAAAGGGCCUGCCGUUUCUAAAGAACCCCAUGUCGUCCCUGUUGAUGAGGAGGAAAACAGCCCAUUCUGCCGUGGAGACUCAACCUCUGGCCCCGACCUACGACCCCCGAAUCAAAGGCACACGGGUCCAUGACUUUAGCGCCCCCAGACCGAAGAAGACAUUGUCGGGUGAUGCAGUCUCGACGACCAAGCAAGAGGGUGUUUCACCCAUUUCUAAGCUUGCAGAUGGUGGCGAGGCCGGGAGACCUUCUUUUACGGGAGGGCCUACUGUGUAUUCGCCGGCGGAGCCCGCCCAGGGUGCCGCUGACGUGCUCAAGUAUAGCCAGAACUGUGAUCCACAGCUGGGACCAGAAGCAAGAAGAAUGUCGUCAAGCACGGUCCGGCCGGGCGAUUCCGUGUCGCUUGCACCACCAGGUGACGCUUCCAGUUUGCGUACAUCAUCCUCAGGCGCUUCUGGAAAAACACGGGUCGCCACUCGCCCAUCCACCACCUCAACAUCCAUCAGGACCACCGCAUCUCGCCAAUUGUCCAAAUCGAACAUGUCAAGGGGGAAUUCCGUUGCGUCGGCCGUGCCAAAACACAUGAAGAGCACCUCCUCGAGGUUCAGCUUUGACAUGAUCGGUGCCGCCGAGGAGGAGAGGGUGCUGGAGGAGCGCCACAGACAACGGGAGCAGGAUAAAAAGACAUCAGACGGGCCGAGCGAUAGCCGGUUUGACGAAUUAGAUGAAGAUUAUGACUACGACGCGAUGAUGGAUGACGGCGGGCUCGAGGAGGAGAUACCCGGUGUCAAUGUCGACUACGACGACUACGACGGUUACGACGACUAUGGGGAGGCCGACCCCGAGGCCGACCUCGAUGACCCGGACAAUGAUCAAGAAAACUUUGCUGGGUUUACUUUCCAGCGCUCCAAUCCCGUAUCGGCACUCGCGAGCCCGCACACCCCAGCCAUGCUGGCGACGCCACGAGAUGCGGCCGGGCAACGCUAUCGGCUUUGCCACGACCAAGGACACUACCCCCACCACCGAGUCUCCCAUGGGGCGGCCACACAAAUAGCGGCGGCGUCGGGCAAAUUUGCAAGGAGCGCCUCGCCCGAGGCGUUAGCUGCGUCGGAAGACACAGCCCUUAACGAGCUUGACGGUUACGAGGACGCCGAGGACAACGGAUACAUAGAUGACUACGCUGACGAUCUGGGAGACGGUUUCGACGAUUUCGAUUUUGAUGACGAAGCUAUCAUUGCCGAAGCUAACGCCAGCGCCCUCGCCAACGACUCAGACGGGUUUUACGGCCAAGAAUUCGGCUUCUACUCGGCCCCUCUAGCCCACCAAUCCCACGGCAACAGCCACCACCAGCCCGCGGCCACCACUACUACCGCCACCUCAUCAUCCGGCGUGCUCACAAGCGAAAACCUCUUCCAGUAUGCCAACGGCGGCUUCUUCGGCUCUUCUACUGCCAGCAUAGACCGCAGUGGCUCUGGCCGUGUCGUCCGCGAGCCCAACCUCACACCGAUCACGGAGCGCUCCGAGUAUUCCAACCGCAACUCGGUCAUGAGUUUCACCCUCCCGCCUGCCAUCAGCAGCGAGCGCAACUCGAUGGUCUCGCCCCCUCUAGCCCAACUUGCGCUCCUAGCCGCCGACGCCGACGCCGACGACCCGAACAUGCAAAUAGCGGCACUCAUGAAGCGGCGCCGCGCAUGGGGCGGCUCGCAGCCCAGCUUGGUCUCGUCGCGCGAGGGAAGUCCCAGGUCGGAGAGGGCCUCGCUACCGCCGCUGGACGGCGGCGGAUCCCCGUACGGCACCGUCCCCGCGCAUCUGGCGGGCCAUGUGAGGGUCAACUCGAACUUGUCGUUGUUGAGUUCCUCGGAGGUGGCUGAGGACAGCGGACGACAUACCCCUGGCAGUGGCAUGGUGAGCCCGGUGCCGCCCGGCCUGGCCUCCGGGAUGGCGUCGCUCCGGGGCCAGGGCCUUGCGCAGGGGAUUGUGUUGCCGCCGCGGCCGGGGAGUGCGGGCGCCGUGGUGAAUGGGAGUGGUAGUGGCGGUGGCGGUAGCGGGACGGAUGGCAUGACCGUGCCUCCACUUCCGCAACGGCCGCACUCGCUGUUCCUGCCGCCGCAGUCGCCGCUGUCGGUUCUGUCGCCGACUGCCCAACCUAUGCCUGUUUCUGGGCCUGUGCCGGUCGGCGGGAGCGCGUGCUCGCCUGUGCUGGAGGGCGAGGAGGUCGAUGGGGAGGGUGUUGCUGUGGGCGGCGCCAUUUAUUCUGCGGGUGGGUAUAUGCUGGCGCCCGCUUUGCCGCUGCGAGCUGGUAAUGGUGGUGACGCAGCGGAGUUGUCGUUGCAGCAGCAGCAACAGCAGCAGCAGGGAUUUCCCCGCCAGCAGGGGGUCCAGCAUGUUCGUAAGGGGUCGGCGGAGAGUGUCUCGUACCACGUGGAGAAAGAGGAUGGGGGAACACUACGCUUCAUCUCGUCUUCAACCAACCCACAACCAACCCACAAAGCGGGAACAAAAGAAAUGUGGUCAGGAGGCGGAUUCCCGUCCAUCGGCGGCUUCGGCGGCUUAAACCGCUGCCGGGGAUGCGACCACCCACGACCAGCCUACACCGGGGGCUACAGCUCAGUGCGGUCGAACCUGGGCACCAUGCUCACGCACUCCAAAUACAUCGGCUGCGAGGUGUGCACCAUCCUGUCGGACGGCAUCCUCAAGUUCCUUGAGGACAACUCGUGCGGGGUUACGCGAGAUGAUGUGAAUGACGUGCAUUUGGAUUUCAACUUGGCUGCCACGAGGCGGAGUAUCGAGGUGGUGUUGUUGCAGACGCCCGUGAAGUUGACGUUUUAUGCGUCAGAGAUCACCCCAUGGCUUGCGGACAACAUGCCCGAUCUCCCCGUCGGAAAGGAGAUCCCGUCCACAACGGCCUCCGAGGAGACCCUGGCCUGGGCGGUCCGAGAGCUCGACCACUGCAGGCAGAAUCAUGAGGCCUGCAACAGCUUUCCGCCUGCGCCGCUUCCGAGCAGGGUCUUGGAUCUGCGCGCGGACGGCGAGAGCGGGGUGCGUCUGUACGUGUCCCAAGGGGAAACCUCCCCGUAUGUGGCCCUCAGCCACUGCUGGGGACCGCGUCCCUUUUUGCGAACUCUGACUGGCAGCUUGGACGAGCACAAAGCUGAGAUCGCUUGGUCACGUCUUCCCCGCAACUUUCAGGACGCAAUCGAGUUCACCCGCAAGCUGGGGAUUCGGUACCUGUGGAUUGACAGCCUCUGCAUCAUCCAGGACGACAUUGAGGACUGGCGAUACGAGGCUGCCCAGAUGGGGUCGGUCUACCGGAACGCGACCCUUGUAAUAUCAGCAGCCAAAUCCGAGAGCGCAUACGGCGGGCUCUACGCCGAGAUGCCGGAGAAACACAGGACCUACACCGUCACAUUCACCCCUGGACAGGACGACGAUGACGACGAUGACGACGACGAUAGAUCCACCUCCCACUGCAACAGCGACGACGAGACCAACAACAUCACCACCACCACCACCACCAACAACAGCAACCCACCCAAACCCAAACCCCCUCCCGAACAAAUCCACUUCCGCGUCUCCCUCUCGCACCCCCACCGCCUCCUCUCCCACCACCACGCGCCAACCUCCUCCCUCCCCAUCUUCACGCGCGGCUGGAUUCUGCAAGAGCGCUUCCUCUCCCCGCGCAUCCUGCACUUCGGCCCGGAAGAGCUCUCCCUCGAAUGCCUGACCACCACGACCUGCCAAUGCACACCCCCCACACUCCCCCGACUCCCCCACCGGCCGUCGGCCUCGCCGUCACCGACGCUUCGGCCCGGGCCUGGGUUCACCCUACAUGUUGGACCGCCACGCCCCGCCCCCCACCAGUAG